AUGGACUUUCUUAGACGAGUCGCUGGCCUUACGCAUCUGGACAUGAACCGGAAUACAGACAUCCAGCAGAGUCCUGGUGAACAACCUCUGCUUCUCCAGAUUGAGAAGUCACAGCUGCGAUGGCUUGGGUAUGUUACUAACGCCUCCAGAAAGGAAGGUGGCAACUGUUUGUUGCCAAACCUACCUGCAGAAGUCCCAGAGGACGAACAAGAUUAA